UUGUUUGAUACCUCCUACAGUCCCGCCAUAGAAAAGAAAAAAGAAUAUCCAAUAUGGGAAUACUCUAUCAGAUUCCUCUUCAAAAGCAUUCUCACCCACUAUCCGAAUAUUUAGCAAUCAAAUUCCCAACCCAACAAUCACAAAUACAUUAUACGUCUAUAUUAUAAACAACAUUCUCAUCAAUAACAUGACCAUCUCUUGUCUCUCUAUAAAUCCCACUCUCUCUCCUCCAGCUUUCCCAACUUUUUUUUCAUCUUCGGAUUCGUUUUCUUGCUUGCACGCUUCGAAUUCUCUUAAAGUUUCGUGCUUUACCUCCCAGAGAAGAAAACCCAUUUCACUAUUUUGCAAACAAGCUCGGUUUUUGAGGUCAAAGGGUGAGAGCCAGAGAGGAGAGCUUUUUGUGCUUAAAGCAAGCGAUAUGACUAUCUCCGAGGUCAGGGAAGAGGAGGAGGAGGGACCUCCACUGCUUGACUCUGAGACCAAUUCAAGGCCUCGCCGCAUUGCUCUGUUUGUUGAGCCUUCCCCGUUUGCAUAUGUGUCAGGGUAUAAAAACCGGUUCCAGAAUUUUAUUAGAUACUUACGUGAAAUGGGGGAUGAGGUGAUGGUUGUGACCACACAUGAAGGAGUGCCCGAGGAAUUUUAUGGAGCAAAAUUGAUUGGAUCACGGAGCUUUCCCUGCCCCUGGUAUCAGAAAGUCCCGCUUUCCCUGGCACUUAGUCCUAGAAUAAUUUCAGAGGUUGCCCGAUUUAAGCCUGACAUUAUACAUGCUUCAUCACCUGGGAUAAUGGUUUUCGGAGCUCUCGCCAUUGCAAAACUAUUGUGUGUCCCCAUAGUGAUGUCUUAUCACACUCACGUGCCAGUAUACAUCCCAAGAUACACCUUCAGUUGGCUGGUGAAACCCAUGUGGUUGGUCAUAAAGUUUCUACACAGAGCAGCUGAUCUUACAUUGGUUCCCUCAGCUGCCAUUGGCAGGGAUCUUGAAGCAGCGAGGGUGACAGCUGCUAACAAGAUUCGUCUUUGGAAUAAGGGUGUCGAUUCUGAAAGUUUCAACCCUCGUUUCCGCUCUCAAGAAAUGCGGUUCAGACUAAGUAAUGGCGAACCUGAGAAACCAUUGAUAGUUCAUGUUGGACGACUAGGAGUUGAGAAGAGCUUGGAUUUCCUCAAGAGCGUUAUGGAUAGGCUUCCAGAAGCACGGAUUGCUUUUAUUGGAGAUGGCCCAUAUAGAGAGGAGCUGGAAAAAAUGUUUACUGGCAUGCCUGCAGUAUUUACAGGGAUGCUAGGAGGUGAAGAGCUUUCACAGGCUUAUGCCAGUGGGGAUGUUUUUGUUAUGCCUUCAGAAUCUGAGACACUUGGGCUAGUUGUUCUGGAGGCCAUGUCUUCAGGAAUUCCCGUGGUGGGAGUUCGUGCUGGAGGAAUCCCAGAUAUAAUCCCUCCAGAUCAGGAGGGCAAAACUGGUUAUCUUUACAAUCCCGGUGAUCUUGAGGACUGCUUGAGCAAAUUGGAGCCUUUGUUGCACAAUGCAGAAUUGAGAGAAACCAUGGGGAAAGCCUCACGCGAAGAAAUGGAGAAGUAUGACUGGAAGGCAGCCACACGAACGAUACGCAAUGAACAAUAUAAUGCUGCCAUCUGGUUCUGGCGCAAGAAGAGAGCACAACUAUUGAGACCUCUUCAGUGGCUGGCAAAACGCCUUUUCCCAUCCCCAGAAGUUAUAUAGGUGAUAGGUGAUGCAAAAGUUUCUUGGAGUUUCUUUACUUGUUUGGCAGCUUUGCUCUGGACUUCGAAGGAACCCUUAUGCGAUGUACGUGUGAGUGAUUGCCAUACAUUCAUUUGCUGUAUAUAAUGGACCAUACAACAUGGUCAGAUGUGCUGUAUUUUGUGGCAUGAUCAAUUGACUUAGAUGUCAGUUUAAUGUUAUAUAACAAGGGAAGUUUUCGAGUUC